ACAUAUUUUUAUAACGGCAAGAGAAUUAAAUCGAUCCUUUUAGUCAAGAAAACGCAGCGGAAUGGUACCAUGAAACAUCGAAUUUUGUAUGAAAACCUUUGAAGUGGAAUUGAAAUGAUUAAUGAAACAGCUGAGCAAUUUUUGAAUGAGGAGCCCGAAGCAGAUACGAGUGUACAACUAAGUUGUUUUUCUCCGAUAAAGAACGCUUUCAAGUCAAUGACCGUGCGACCGGCGAAACGCGUUGAAUUUAAUAGCUCUCAGUCGUCUCUUAGUUCAACGCAUGGGAAGCUUUUGAAGGAUGGCAUUAAACAAGACGACUGCAGCUGCUUCUUUUACCGUUUCUGGUCACGAGUAAAUACGGGAAAUGAUGGCAAACACGAAGAUUUGAAGAACAAGAAAUACCAUCCGUCUAAGACGGAAACGAAUUCUUUUUAUAAAUGUAUGUAUUUCUCCCAUAAGUAGAUACACUACACUUUUUUCAAUCGAUACAAUAGCAGAUAUAGAAUCAUUAUUUGUGGACAAAGUUGAAUUUGAAUUUCAUUGAAAAAUUUCAAUAGGAUUGAAUUAAACAAGAA